ACAUUCUCAACAACCAUCCAGAUGGUCGGAAAUGGCAAAAACUGCGGUACUAGAUCGAGAACUUUCGACGGGCGCCCCGAGUCCAGAAAAAUGAUUUAAUACCCUAUCGCUCCGCGCCUUAUUAGUCGUCCAUGGUUUGAUAUUGACCCAUUUCUUAUUCCAGCAUCUGCUUUGAGUAUUUUCAUAUUCAAUCGUUCGCGCUGUCAAGAGUCUAUUUUCCUACCGUUACUUGUAUCUCAAUUCGUGACCUCAAAUCAUUGCAGCGUUGCGAGAUUAGCCAUUUUAUAUUCCCUCCUUCUGGAUUUAUAUAUAGGAGAAGAAAUUCUACCGACUGAGUAUCUAAAAUUCUAACCUCAGUGGCACAUUGCCACAUUUCACACCACCCGCCAUGGAGUCUAUCGACCUAGGCGAGAAGUCUAGGCAGGAUGUAUCUCCAGGCCAAUCCCGCUCUCCCACCGCCCACCGAAAGGAAAUCAAAGAAGAAGCAGAAGAUCCUGCCCUCCACCGCACCUCCACCGGCUCCUCCACCUCCUCCCUAUCCUCCGUCGCCCACCAAGAUGUCGCCGUGUCCCGUGCCGCCACCCAGACCGAAGGCCCCCUCGAACGCUCCACCACCGCCCUCUCCCGCAUUCAGACCGCCAGGAGCCAGCACACCGAGACCGUCGGCGCCUCGAUCCGCGCGCGGACACGCAGUCGAGCCAAGCCGAUGCCCCCCAUGGGCAACGGGAAACCCUAUCCCCCACCCCUCCCCGAGCGCGAAGACUAUGUGGUCGAGUUCGAUGGCGAGGAUGACCCGCUGCACGCGCAGAACUGGUCUAUGCGGAAGAAGCUGCUGACGGCGGGGAUCCUGGGGUACACGACGUUCGUGGCGGCGUUUGCGUCGAGUAUCUUCUCGGCGGCGACGCCGGUGAUCUCUCAGAAGUUCGAGGUCGGGCAGACGGUGGCAGUGUUGGGGGUGUCGUUGUAUGUGCUGGGGUUCGCGACGGGACCGAUUCUGUGGGCGCCAUUUUCGGAGUUGUAUGGGCGGCGGAUGCCGUUGGUGAUUGCGUGUUUUGGGUUUACGGUGUUUCAGUUUGCGGUGGCCGUGGGGAAAGACUUGCAGACGGUCUUGAUUUGCCGGUUUUGGGGCGGGUUCUUUGGAGCGUGUCCCCUGACGGUCGUUGCGGCGGUGUUUUCGGAUAUGUUUAACAACCGGUCUAGGGGGAUGGCGAUCACUGUUUUCUCCAUGACUGUAUUCACCGGUCCGCUCAUGGCUCCUUUCGUCGGCGGCUUCAUCGUCACGUCCGAACUCGGCUGGCGCUGGACUCAGUACAUCACUGGCAUCAUCGGCUCCAGCUGCUUCAUCCUCAACCUCUUCUUCCUCCACGAGACCUAUCCACCGAUAAUCCUCGUCAACAAAGCCUCCGAGCUCCGCCGCACUACCAAGAACUGGGGCAUCCACGCGAAGCAGGAAGAAAUCGAAGUCGACUUCCGAGAGCUCGUCGAGAAGAACUUCUCCCGACCCCUGCGCAUGCUCAUCUCCGAACCCAUCGUCCUCCUCAUCUCUGUCUAUAUGGCCUUCGUCUACGGCCUCCUCUACCUCUUCCUGACCGCAUAUCCGCUCGUCUUCCAGGGCGUCCACCACAUGACUCCGGGCAUCGGCGGCCUCCCGUUCUUCGGGAUGAUUACCGGGCAGCUAUUGGCGGGCCUGUUCAUGGCGCUCCGCCAGCCGGGGUAUCAGAAGAAGUUGCGGGCGAACGGCGGAGUGGGUGUCCCCGAGUGGCGGCUCCCGGAAGUGAUCGUCGGCGGCAUUGCGUUCGCCGGCGGGCUGUUCUGGUUCCACUGGACGGGGUACAAGGCCAGCAUCCACUGGAUGGCGCCGACGGCUAGCGGUCUGCUUACCGGGUUUGGCAUCAUGUGCAUUUUCUUGCAGUCGUUGAACUACCUUGUCGAUGCGUAUCUUAUGUUCGCCGCCUCCGCCAUCGCAGCCAACACCUUCCUGCGAUCCCUCGCCGGCGCGGGAUUCCCCCUCUUUGCGACCCAGAUGUACAAUGGCAUGGGCAUUCAGUGGGCGGGCACGAUGCUCGGCUGCAUCGCCGUGGCGUUGAUCCCCGUUCCCAUCUGGUUCUAUCUGCGGGGCGGGAAUAUUCGCCAGAAGAGUGCCUAUGCGCCUACGUUCUCGAAGCCGCUGGCAGAUGAGGCGACCUCCGGCGAGAGUCAGGCGUAGACAAUUUGUCGGGAUUGCAUUGGGUCUUCGUUGAGAAGAUUUGGGAUUUUAGCGUUGAACAUGGCAUUUGAAAGUAUAAUAUGUAAUUACUUUAAUGAAGCACACGCUCCUGGAGCUGAACAUAGGUUAUAAUACAAAGGCGAUACCCCUUUCUGGUCGAGAAAUCUUGGAGAGUGAUCGUUCAAUCUUACUUAAGAGCCGUUUCCCGAGCAAGGAUAGAGCUUCUGAGUUCGGAUGAAUCCCGAUUUCCUUGGAUUGCAUGCCUUUGAAGAGCUAUGACCAAUUUAGCUAUCACUGCCACUAGAACAAAGACCGCUAAGUCUAAAGCCG